AACUGCACCUUCUACUGCCUUUCACUCAUCUCUGUCAAGUCAUCUUCUCAUCUCUCGCCAACACACUCGAGCCCACACAACGAAUAUGACUCAGGCGUCAGGACCAUCUUCACCCCGUUCACGGGACCGCCCUUCCUCCUCUCCGGCCCCACCGACCUCGUCUUCCUCUCCACAGCAUUCCGAAGGAACUGCAUCUCAUCACUUCGAACAUCUGCCAGCCCAGUACGCCAGCGCCAUGGGCGGAGUCCUGGUGGUUGAUCCUCAUAUGAUGCCUCCAGGUUAUGUGCUCGGCCAGGUGGCACCUUCUAGGGUUGACGAGCCAGAGGAACCACUUUAUGUCAAUGCGAAACAGUACCACCGCAUUCUGAAAAGAAGGGCUGCCAGAGCGAACCUCGAGGCUGAGAAUCGCCUGCAACAGCGUGGUCGCAAGUUCCUUCAUUUGUCACGCCAUAAUCAUGCAAUGAGACGCCCACGUGGGCCUGGAGGACGGUUUCUAACAGCAGCCGAGAUAGCUGCGAUGCAGGACAAGGAAAAGUCCGGCGAAGAUGACCAGGCUGGACAGCUGCACGACGGGAGCUCUGCACAGGGUUACGAUACCAACCAUGCUGCCCCAUAUCAGGUGCAGCAGCACCACCGACAGCAGCUGAAACAGGAAGAGAUCUAUCAGCAACAACAGCAGCAAAAAUUACAGCAACAGCAACAGCAUCAUCACCCCCAACGUCAGCAGCAGCAGCAAUACCAUCAGCGCCAGGCAUACGAGACAGGUGUGUAAACCUGUCCAUGGAGCUAUUUAGCGUUGACGAGAAAGCGACAAUAUCUGCUCACUGCUUGACGGAUACGAAAGUUAUAGACAUAGCCCUUCCUUGAACGACAAAUCCAUUGUAAAUACAUACCGUUAUCGAAGAAAAUAAUAAAAAAAAAAAG